GUUUGCUCGCGGAUUUCCCGUCUCGCUUGGCAUGGUGUUCUACCUCCCUGUCUUGCUCUGACCAAGAGGCGCCCUAUUCGAAUAGGGUUGCUUAUAUAAACAUUAGCAGAAAGCAAUAAAUGCCUAGUGCUUAAGUAGGCAAUCUUUUUGCAGUGCUACAGAUAAAAUUGCCGGCUGCUCAAGAUCUUAGAACCACUGCACGACGCGCUGCAGGUUUAAAACAUGUUGGUGACUCUGCUGGCGACUCUCCUGGUGGCUCAUCUGGUGGCCUGGCUGUUCUGUUUGGCCUUAAAAGAACUGCGACAUCCUUUGCGUGGAGUGGUGCCCAGUGUGUCGAGAGUUCCUCUUGUAGGAUCCGCCUGGCAGAUGCGCACUUUUCAGCCAGACAAUCUUCACGAGAAAUUUGCCGAAUAUGUCCAGCGAUUUGGCAGCAGCUUCAUGGGUUCCGUCUUGGGCCACGUAAUUGUGGUUACAGCGGAGCCGCGACAUGUAGAUGCACUGUUGCAUAGUCAGCAGCAGCUGAGAAAGGGCACCAUGUAUUUGGCUUUACGCGGUUGGCUUGGAAAUGGACUUCUCCUGAGCCGCGGAGAGGAGUGGCACACAAUGCGAAAGAUCAUUACGCCCACGUUUCACUUUAGCAUAUUGGAGCAGUUUGUCGAGGUCUUCGAGAGGCAGAGCUCCAAGUUGGUGGAGCGUUUAAAGCCCCUCUCUCACGGCAACUCGGCCGUGAACAUCUAUCCCUAUGUGGGUUUGGCUGCCCUGGACAUCAUUACCGAAACGGCUAUGGGCGUGAGUGUGGACGCCCAAGGAGAUGAGGAUUCCGAGGUGGUGCACGCUGUAAACGAUCUGACGAACGUGUUGGCCACUAGGUUCAUGAGACCGCAUCUUUUAUUUCCCCAGCUCUUCCGCCUAUGCUGGCCCAGUGGCUUCAGAAAGCAACAAGCAGGGGUCAACUGCCUGCAUCAGUUCACGAAUAGAAUCAUAGAGCAGCGACGCCACUUGCUGGCCGGGGAGGCUCAACAAGAUAAGCCAGAGAAGCGUUAUGCCCUACUGGACACUCUCUUGCGGGCCACUGUGGACGGACAACCGCUGACCGACAAGCAAAUUCGUGAUGAGGUGAAUACCUUCAUCUUUGAGGGCCACGAUACCACAACUUCGGCGGUGUCUUUCUGUUUGUACCUGCUUUCCCGCCAUGAGGUAGUGCAGCAACGGCUGUUCGAGGAACUAAAGGAGCACUACGGCCGGGAUUUGAACAGGGGCAUAAACCACUUGGAUUUCACUGAGCUUCCCUAUUUGAACUGCGUGGUCAAGGAGUCCCUGCGACUGUAUCCGCCUAUUCCGGCAGUGGCACGCUGUAUGGAAAAGGAUUUGGCCAUAGAAGGAGGAUAUGUCCCAGCUGGAACCAAUGUAAUCGUACUCCUCUGGCAACUUCUUCGGAAUGAGGCACUCUUCGUCAAUCCCCUGCUCUUCCAACCGGAGCGGUAUCUGGGAGAAGAGGCCGCCAGACUGGGACCAUACAGCUACAUACCCUUCUCCGCAGGGCCGAGGAACUGCAUCGGCCAAAAGUUUGCCUUGCUGGAGAUAAAAACCAUGGUGAUCAAGCUGGUGCGGCAUUAUCAGCUGCUUCCAAUGGGCGUGGAUGUGCAUCCCAGCAUCAAGAUUGUGCUGCGAUCGAGGACCGGGGUUAAUUUUGGGCUUCGGCCGCGGUUGUAUUAAUAUUUUGUGAUUUUAUAAUUAAAAUUAAACGUUAAGAAUCA